UGAACCGAAAGGAGUAAAAGAAGAAUCAAAGCAGGAAGUUGUGAAUCCAGCGUUGACAUAAGAUACUAGUUAAGUACUAAGCAUUUUUUGCCUUGCUUGCUAUCAGUUCUGACUGUCUAGCUUGCCAGCAUUUUAAGACAGAUAUGAAAGAUUCACUAUCCCUAAUUCACAAAUUCAACGCCCAUCCGGAUUCGCGCUGUUGGUAUGUUGCAUGGAAUCCAAAGGGCACUUUGCUAGCCUCUUGCGGUGGUGACCGGGCCAUUCGAAUUUGGGGCAAAGAAGGCGACUCCUGGGAAUGCAAGACGGUGCUUCAGGAUGGACACCAGCGCACAGUCAGAAAGGUGGCUUGGUCGCCCUGUGGUAACUACCUUGCCUCCGCCAGCUUCGACGCAACCACCUGCAUCUGGAAGAAGAAAAAUGACGAUUUCCAGUGCUUGACUGUGUUGGAGGGGCAUGAGAACGAGGUCAAGUGUGUGGCCUGGGCUCCGUCUGGGAACCUGUUAGCCACGUGCAGCAGAGACAAGAGUGUCUGGAUCUGGGAAGUGGAUGAGGAGGAUGAAUAUGAGUGUGUCAGUGUGGUGAACUCCCACACUCAGGAUGUCAAGCAUGUGGUCUGGCACCCUAACCGGGAGCUUCUGGCGUCUGCCAGUUACGACAACAACGUGUGCAUCCACAAGGAGGAGGACGACGACUGGGAGUGCUUGGCCACCCUGGAGGGUCACACCUCCACCGUGUGGAGUCUGAGCUUCGACCCCAGUGGUCAGAGGCUGGCCUCGUGCAGCGAUGACCGCACCGUGAAGAUCUGGAAGGAGAGUCCGCCAGGGGAGGGGCAAGGAGAUGGUAGUACGGGCGCCUCGUGGAGGUGUGUCUGCACCCUGUCGGGUUUCCAUGCACGAGCCGUGUAUGAUGUGGCAUGGUGUCCGCUGACGUCCGCCCUGGCGACUGCCUGCGGUGAUGAUGGCGUGCGCGUGUUCAAGGAGGAAGUGACAUCAGACCCGGAGCAGCCCGAGUUCUCCCUGUCGGCCCACGUAGCCCGGGCCCACAACCAGGAUGUCAACUGUGUGACCUGGCACCCCAAGGAGCCCGGCCUGCUGGUGUCCUGCAGCGACAACGGAGAGAUAGCCAUGUGGAGAUACCAGGCAGAGGCCUGAGACCUGCCCUGGAACUCACCUGCCAGGGAAUGGGUGUAACAGUACAGGAUUGACCCCCUUUCUGUUUUAAGAUGCCUUCAGAAGUGAUGCUCAGUGUUGUUUCUGUUGUGAUUACCUGCACUGAGUCUAGGUGAGGAUUUAGCCAUUUAAGCUAACUGAUCAUGGGAAAUGUAGUCUUUGGGUUCCUGCCUCCCAUGUCUGAUUUUGUAUUGAAUUCAAUUUGAUCCCAUGAUUGGCCUUGUGUACAUUUUAUAGUUUGUGAACUAAACUCCAAUUUAGUACAUUGAAAGAUUUGUCCCAAAUACAGCAACAUGUGCUAAGCCCACUUAAAAGAUACAUUUUCAAAAAUGUUUGUGUUAUUAGUGGCACAAGCUCUAGUGGCCUUGCAGGGAACAUGGGUUCAAAUCUCACUGGUCUGUCUUUAGGUCCAAACAAAGCAGACCUUAUAUAUUUCAAUGUAUCUCUAAAAGAAGCACAACUUUAAAAUGUAUAAAUAAUACUCGACGUAUAAAUAAAACGUAAAUUAAUU